AUGGACAGCGCCCCAAGCCAGCACCCGUACUCGUCUAACCAACUAGGCACAUCAGGGUCGCCUUAUCCAUCUUCGUCGGCCGUUGCACCUCAGCAAUUGCAGCAAGGUUCGGUCCAGCACACCUUGCCCCCGUUGCACCAGAAUCACACGGCUAUGCAAUCACUCUACGGUAGUCAUCCCCAUACUCCGCGAACGCCGUCAGCUUCCAGCACUCCGCAGCCUCAGAAUAAUAUGAGCCAAUAUCCGCCUCCUAACGCAGGUCACGGCCGGGGCUACAACGGCAUGAUGCAGAACCAGUACCAGAAUCCUCAGCCAGGUUACCCAACCUCCUCUUCCAUGAUGCCGCAGUCUUCUGUCGCGGCUUCUCACCCGCAACCCAUCGCGCCCGCUCCCGCCGCGUCGCGACCUCCAGUCCUCCGUCCCAUGCCCGCCGGUGGGGUCAUGCCCCAGUCUGGACUGCCUUCUCCGUAUGGCGGCAGCCCCAUGAUGCCUCAUCAACAGUCGCUACUCCAAGAUCAGGAGCAGCCCACCCACGUUGUCGGGUCCCAAGGUCGCCGAGGCAUUCUCCCGAGUGCCCCGGGAAGGCCCGCUGCCCCAACAGGGACUGGCGCCUCCAAGAACACGGUGAUCCCGCAAAAGGACGCGGACGGAAAGUUUCCUUGUCCUCAUUGCACUAAGACUUACCUCCACGCCAAGCAUCUGAAGCGCCACCUUCUCCGCCACACCGGCGACCGCCCAUACAUGUGCGUGUUGUGCCGCGAUACGUUUUCCCGAAGUGAUAUCCUCAAGCGUCACUUCCAAAAGUGCUCGAUUCGUCGAGGAAACCCAACUGGGGCGAGCCAUCUGUCUCAUCCUCAGGCCCACGUUAAGAAGAACCAGCAGAAUGUUCAGAAGCAGGAGGGUGACAUGAGCCACAUGAAUGGCAUGAGCAGCAUGCCGGGUGACCCUGUGGUCCAUCCAUUCGGUAUGGUCCAGAUCCAAGAUGGUUUGGGAAACAUGGCCAACGACCAGAAUCAGCUCUCUAGGUCAAGCAGCAUGAGCCGCAUGGACGAGAACAACCGAGACCGUCGAAGCAUGACCGGAGGCUACAGCGGUGACGUCCCGAACUCCAUGUCCUCCAACAUCAACCCUCAGCUGGCCAACUUCAACAUGCCGCCUAACCAGAAUGGCAUGAUGUACCAACCUUCGGGGUCAGCGCAGCAAUCUGGCCUUGACUGGUCUCAGAUGUUCCAACAACCUGGUGCGCAACAUACCUACACCAAUUCGUUCCCUCCUAAUAUUGGACAGAGUCAGACCGCAGUCAAAAUCGAGCCUAACCUCCCCUCCGAGAGAACCAAUGGCACGCCGGGCCCAGCCUCGACCGAUGGCAACGAUCGAUCACUAUUCUUCUCUCACUGGGACACGCAGCCGUCACAAGAUGCCUUCCGACAUCUCUCCGCCCAGAUAAUCAACUUCUUUUAUCCUCCUGGCACCGUCGUCGGCAACCAAUCGGCCGCCGUCAACCACUUUUUCCUCCCCGCGAAUAUCAAGGUCUUCCUUGAGUCGUAUUCGCAUUUUCAUGUUCAUUUUUCUUUCCUACACAUCCCUACCUUCCACAUCAUGAAUGCAUAUAUUGGCUUAAUCGCGGCCAUGUGUUGCAUAGGAGCCUGUUAUUCUGACCGCGUCGAUCCUGUCCUCAUUCGAGACGUUAUGAGCAUCCUCAACAUAACACUCGAACGCGACUGCAACUCACUAUCCGGUGCCGGAGCCCAGCCGCCUUUCAAGGUUGAAACCGGCAGGGACAAGAGAUCAACAGAAAAACUACAAGCACUCGUUCUUAUGGCUUGUCUUCUGAUCUGGAACGGCACUCCACUUCAACGCGAGACCGCCCGGCGGACGUUCCCUGUUGUGGCCGCCAUAGCCCGAAGCUCGGAUUUGCUGCAAGUCAAGAGAGACUCUUCCCUCUACAGUGUUCUGCAUCAGCCAAACCUGGAUCUGCAAAGUCUAACUCAAAGUCAUUUCGACUGGACUGCCUGGGUCGAGCAGGAGGGACUUAUACGGCUGAUGCACAUGAUCUAUCUCGAGGAUGUUGCGCGUGGCCUCUAUUUCAAUUGCGAGCCUCUCUUUGACGCCUUUGAGAUUCGAAUCCCACUCCCUGCCGACGAUGCUGCGUGGGAUGCUGAGUCUGCCGAUGAAUGUGCUCGGGCACUAAAUCUGUAUGGCUCAGAUGUGGUCAAGGUAGCAAAUCCAGAUGGUUCUCAGCGUAGCAAGCAGCCCGAACUAGAUCGUGUUCUCAAGGCCCUGCUCCAUGGAACCAUUCAGAUCCAACCAGGAAGCACGAAUCUCUAUGGCAAAUUUAUCCUCAUCCAUGCCUUGGUCGCACAAAUUCGACGCGCAAUGGUCGAAGGCACCCUGGCAGGGCUGAAUGGUUCUGUCACGCCUCUUCGUCAGAAUGACUGGGUCGUUUCAGGUGGUUCGGAGGCUGGAAGUGGUCACGCGAGCACGAACAACAGCGGCAGAGGCACCCCGGUUCCCGGUUCUCGAAGCAUAUCACCCCAGGCAUACAAAAGCCUUUGCACGGCACUCGACAAGUGGAAACAGUACUGGGAUAUGGAUAUGGCGAUCCAGUUCCCCCCGUCUGUUUCGAAUCCUCGGCGACAUGGCUUUUCUCGCGACGGGACACACUUCUUUUGGCUUGCCAAAUGGUUGAUCAAGAAUACGGCCCCUGGCGACAUGCAGCAGCCCCCGGAUCGGCGAUUUGCGCAAGUCAUGCACUUGCUCAAAUCUGUGAAAGCCUGGGUUGAGUCAGAUGGAGCUUCGAGGGGCGAGGAACUUGGCUCCGUUGGUGAGAUCAGCAACGACUACGGUGUUAAUGAUCUGACGCUGGAUAUAACUCACCUCUUCUCGCCCCUACCGUCAGUCAUGGAAUACUCGACCAUGUCUUCCGUCUCCAUCAAAACCGAAAUAUGA